AACCCUUACGGAACAUGUGCUCUGCCAUUGAAAACAAAACAGCGUAAUUUCAUUUGAAUUUAUUCAGCUUAAACACCUGUAAUUAUGGCUGAUCACGCGUUUCAUCGGCCUGGGCCCCUGAAGCAAAAGAACAAGGCCCACAAAACUGGUCGUCAUCGAUCGAAAGGAGCGAUCGACAAUGCUUUGAAGGGCAAAGUGGGCAUUCAGGCCAUUUCACACAAGCACAAGCAGCAGCAGCGGAAGGAGCAGAGGCGCAACCAGAUGAACCAGCUGCGGCGGAACAAGCGCGAGGAGGUCUUGGAACAGAAGAGGAAACUUGGGGGUCAGAACACAGCUCCCUUCCUGGUCUGCGUGCUGCCGAUGCAUGAGCAGAUCGAUCCCAAAUCGGCCUUGGAGAUCCUCCAAAGCUGCGAUAGCGAUUUGGUGGUCGAGAACUCCCCCAGUGGCAUUGUUUACAUCAACAUGCCCCGCUUCAAGCAGCGAUUCGCCUUCGUGUCGCCUCCGGUGGGACGUGGAAAUGAGCUGAUAGCGCUAGACUACCUCAAGGUGUGCGAUACCACUCUGCUCCUGACCUCGGCUGCGUUUGGCGACGACGAGAUCUUUGAUCGCUGGGGCCAACGGGUGUUCAACAUGAUCUCCGCCCAGGGGAUUCCCACCCCAGUGGUGGCCCUCAUGGAUCUGGAGUCCAUCAACCCCAAGCGGCGAACUGCUGCCAAGCAAGCGGCCCAAAAAUUUAUCUCGAAGCUACUGCCCGAAGAGAAGAUCAUGCAACUGGACACAGCGUCCGAGGGACUGAAUGUGAUGCGUCGCAUUGGCGGCCAGAAGAAGCGCAUCCUGCACAACGUGGCGAACCGGCCGCAUCUGUUUGGCGAUAUUGUGGAGUUUAAACCGAGCUCGGAUCCCACCGACGACUUGGGAACUCUUGAAAUCACCGGGUUUCUUCGCGGGCAGUCCUUGAAUGUCAACGGUCUGGUACACAUACCCGGACUGGGCGACUUCCAAGUAGGCCAGGUGGUGGCGCCACCCGAUCCGUAUAAGUUGGACAAGUCAAGGGAUGGUGAGAAUGUGGAGGUUCGUCUUCUGGACCGAAGCGAUCCCCUGAAGCGCACUUCGCUGCAGAGCGAAAACAUACCCGACCCGAUGGACGCUGAACAGACGUGGCCCACCGAAGAAGAAAUCGCUGCGUCCCAGCAGGAGACCAAGAAAAUGAAACUGGUUAAGAGGGUGCCCAAGGGUUACAGCGAAUACCAGGCCGCCUGGAUCCCUGAUGUGGAGGAAGUGGAAGACGGAGAUACAAAGGAGGACGAUGACAUGAGCGACGACGACGAAGAUGAUGAGGAGGACGAUGAUGACGAGGAUUUCAUGUCCUGCGACAACAAGUCCUUCGAGGAUGAGUACGAGAAGCGCGAUUCUGACACGGAGGAAUACCUGGACAGCGUGUCUGUGUCAUCGGAGGCGGCCAUCAAUGACGAGAAGUACGACCAGCAGAUGGACUUCCAGGAGGAGCGUGAAACUUUGCAGAAACUGCAGCAGGCUCGGACCGACCAGCUCUGGCCGGACGAGGUAGAUACGCCGCUGGACGUGCCCGCCCACGAAAGGUUCCAGAAGUAUCGUGGCCUCGAGUCCUUCAGGACAUCGCCUUGGGAUGCCAAGGAGAACCUGCCUGCCGACUAUGCUCGCAUCUAUCAAUUUAAGAACUUUGAUCGCACCAAGCGAAGGAUUCUCACAGAGGCCAAGGAAUUUGAAGGUGUCCUGCCUGGUUUCUAUAUCACUCUACAUGUGAUUAACGUGCCCGCCAGUCGCUGGUUCGCCUUCAAGUCCGCCCAGCUCUUCGAUAACAUCAUUGUCUACGGCAUGCUCCCCCACGAGCACCAGAUGUGCGUGAUGAACGUGGUCCUGCAGCGCAUUCCCGACUCGGAGGUGCCUCUCAAGUCCAAGGAGCAGCUCAUCAUCCAGUGUGGCUAUCGGCGGUUCGUGGUUAAUCCCAUUUACAGUCAGCACACCAACGGGGACAAGCAUAAGUUCGAGCGCUACUUCCGCCCCUAUGAGACCGUCUGCGCUACUUUCUAUGCGCCGAUUCAGUUUCCUCCCGCCGCCAUUCUGGCAUUCAAGGUGAAUCCGGACUCGACACUGGCUCUGGUGGCCCGGGGUCGCCUGCUCUCCUGCAACCCCGAUCGCAUCGUCCUGAAGAGGGUCGUGCUCAGCGGCCAUCCCAUGCGGAUUAACCGAAAGUCGGCCACAAUCCGGUACAUGUUCUUCUACAAGGAGGAUGUGGAGUACUUCAAGCCGGUGAAACUAAGGACCAAGUGCGGCCGGCUGGGACACAUCAAGGAAUCGCUGGGCACGCACGGCCACAUGAAGUGCUACUUCGACGGCCAACUGCGCUCCUACGACACGGCCUUCAUGUAUCUGUACAAGAGGGUCUUCCCCAAGUGGACCUACGAGGAGUGUCUGGUGCGAACGGCGGAGCACGAGCGGCAGCACGCGGUGUCCAACAGGGUCAGCCAGCAGCAGGUGGCCAUGGACAUGUAACAGACGCCACUCACCGAAGAACUGGAUUAGAUUGUACAUGAAUCCAUCGCUAUUUAUAGAUAACUGCGUUGUAUAAUAGGAAUAAUAGAAUUAUAUUCACAAA